UUUGAAAAUUGCAUCUUGGACAGAAUGAGUCAAGACCUAUCUGCUCUGCUGAACAAGCCGCGAAUUCAUUUCGGCAGUUUGGAGGAGGAUGACCGGGUGGUGCGUGGUGGAGGCUCGAGUAUUGGCCUGCAGGGUGGGGUAACCUUGGAUGAUCUAGGUGACGAAGAUGUAGAGCAUUCGGAAACAACAUCUCGUGCACAAGCAGAGCACCAGGCUAUUCUCGAGCAAUUCGAGCGUAAACGCAUUGCGAGAAACUUGGCGGUUCCAACCGAUGAUGCACGAGUCAGAGCACGACUACGAGAGGAGGGCGAGCCAAUAACCUUGUUUGGAGAAGGGCCAGCAGAUCGGCGCGAUCGGUUACGAGAAAUUCUGGCGCGAAGGAUCCAUGAGCAACCGGGGAUGGCAAUGGAAGUGGAGGAAGAGGAAAGUUCAGAGGAGGAGGAAGAGGAAGAGGAGGAAGAGUUUUACACACCUGGACCGUCUGAGCUACUAGGGGCAAGACAAGACAUUGCGAGAUAUUCCCUGUCACGAGCAAAGCACAGACUAGCAGCGCAUCGAGCAGAACUCGACCUCCCGUACGGACAACGAAAAAAGAUGAGGCAUGAAUGGUACACAAAUCUAAAAACCUUUGAAACCCGAAGUCUACAAUAUGGGGACGAUCGCCCUCUUUCCUACUGCACAUUUUCUCCCAACUCCCGCGUCAUAGCCACCGCCUCUUGGGGAGGUUUCGUCAAACUAUGGAGUGUGCCACAGCUGACAGCCCUACAUACCCUCAAAGGGCAUCGAGAGCGUGUUAGCGGAGUCGCUUUCCAUCCUAACUCAACAAUAUCCCAAACACCCGAAUCACUCAACCUAGUCAGCGGCGCUGCGGACGGGAGCGUCCACCUGUGGAACUUCAACAGCGAAGUACCAAUAGGAAGUUUAGUCGGGCAUGAAUUGAGGGUCGCACGAGUGGCGUUCCACCCAUCUGGGCGAUAUAUUGGAACCUCUAGUUUCGAUAGCACCUGGCGAUUGUGGGAUGCCGAAACGACGCAGGAGCUCCUACUCCAGGAAGGACACUCUCGCGAAGUGUUUGCACUUGGAUUCCAAGAGGACGGUGCAUUGGCGGCAACCGGUGGUUUGGACUCUAUCGGACGAGUGUGGGACUUGCGAACCGGGAGAUCAAUCAUGGUUCUUCAGGGUCACGUAAAAUCUAUACUAUGUUUGGACUGGUCGCCAAACGGAUAUCAUGUUGCAACGGGAAGCGAGGAUAAUACAAUUCGCAUAUGGGAUAUGCGAGCCGCGAAGAGCAUCUACACUGUUCCAGCACAUACAAAUCUGGUAAGCCAUCUGAAAUACUGGCACGCUGGGAAGAAUUUCGAAGCCAGAAUGGAUCCCGAUUGGACGUUCCGAUCGGAACCCCUCAAGCAGGAAGAAAAUGGGGAUGUCAAAAUGGAGGACGCCGAGAAUGGGUACCAGCUCAACGGAAGCGAGAAUAUGAAGAUGGAUGUGGAUGAAGACGUCAAAGUGAAAGAGGAAAGUGACGGUGACUUGAGCCUAGGAGGGGAUCGUGGGAGAAUGGUGCGACGACAAGUCUUGGAUGGGUCCUUUUUAGUAUCAAGCUCGUAUGAUGGGACCUGCAAGGUGUGGACGGAUGGUGAUUUCAAGCCUGUGAAAGCAUUGACCGGACUCGAAGGGAAGGUGACCGGCUGUGAUGUGUCCGGGGAUGGGCAAUACAUUGCUACGGCGUCUUACGAUCGAACCUUCAAGCUCUAUGCUACAGAGAAUGUGGUUGAGGCAUAGUCUUUAACGGAGUUCAGCUAGGAUUGGCGCCGGUCCAAUGUUUCAGCGGAGUAAUUGCAAUGACGACAGCAAAUAUUCCAUUCCUACCUGUGAACAUCGUCUCUAUAUCGCAUACCCUCUGUCGCUCUCCGGUAAUUCAACACUCGCUUCCAAUGGAGGAGAAGACGUCGCCGUUUUGCGAAAGUUUUUUGAUGGUCCUUUUUGUAUUUAUGUGAUUACUUUCGUCGUAUUGAACAAAUAAGAUUAAAACUCAUCACUUUGUGAUGCCAUUAGCAA